AUGGCCUAUGAUCGAUUUGUAGCCAUUUGUCACCCUCUGAAUUACCAAGUACUCAUGACCCCUUACCUCUGCACCACUUUGCUUUUGGUUUUGGCUAGUCUUUUGUACUCCAAGGCACAGUAUUUAAUUGCUUUGAACAGCACCUGCUUAAAGGAUGUGGAAAUCUCCACUUUCUUCUGUGAGUCUUCUCAAGUUCUUAGUCUUGCCUGUUGUGACACCAUCUCUAAGAGCAUUGUCAAGUGUGUUCUUGCUACCAUAUAUGGGCUUUUCACCAUCUCUUGGAUCCUGUUCUCUUAUAUUCCUUCAUCAGGCAUCAAAUAUAAAACCUUUUCCACCUGUGGCUCUUACCUGUAA